UGGAGUUGGGAGAGGCCGCGUCCCGUUCCUGUCCCUCUCGGCGGGUCACGGGCGGGGGGGGGGGAGGAUGGGCGCCCGACGGUGAAUUAACGGCGCCCGCGAGCUCGUCUCCCUGACGCCGGGCCGCGGCGGGCGCGGGGACGUAGGGCGGGAUGGUGCAGUCCUGUUCCGCCUACCGCUGCCGGAACCGAUACGACAAAGAGAAGCCCAUCUCCUUCCACAAGUUUCCCCUUACGAGACCUGAUCUGUGCAAGAAAUGGGAAGCCGCUGUUAAAAGGAAAAACUUCAAGCCAACCAAGUAUAGCAGCAUUUGCUCAGAACACUUUACUCCCGAUUGCUUUAAAAGGGAAUGCAACAACAAGCUUCUGAAAGAAAAUGCUGUGCCCACAAUAUUUUGUUAUACUGAACCCAGUGAAAAGCCUGAAGAAUUUGCAGAGCAGCCAGAAGACCCACCACCGCCGCCUCCACCACCACCGCCGCCACCGCCACCACCACCACCACCAGCACCAGCACCAGUACUACCACCGUCUCCAUCAACUCCUUCUUUUCAUUUGUCUCAAAUAGAUGCCAGAUUUGUAGAUCCAAGUAUUGGAUUAUUGAUGCCUCCUCUCCAGACCCCUAGUAAUCUUGCUGUUUUUUGUGAUCAUAACUAUACCGUAGAGGAUACAGUUCAUCAGCGAAAAAGAAUUCAGCAGCUGGAAGAACAAGUUGAAAAACUGCGGAAGAAGCUCAAGACAGCACAACAGCGAUGCCGGCGUCAGGAAAGACAAAUUGAAAAACUCAGAGAGAUUGUUCAGUUUCAGAAAGAAAAAGACAUAUUGGCAGGAAAAGGCUAUGUGAUUCUGCCCAAUGACUAUUUUGAAGUUGUAGAAGUACCUGCCUAGAAGUCAAUGAACAUCAGUUUUCACUUUGCUAGGCCAGGAAAUUUAGUUUAAAAACUAAAUGCUCUCUAAUUCUGUGUGUAAGACUCUCCUGAAUCCUAAAACAAUAAAUAAGCAGUCAUACAAAUGAGAUCACAUUUUUUCUUCAUUAUCCUGUCAGUUUGAUACACUUUUAAUAUAUUGAAAAUGCAAGCAUCUCAGAAUUAGAAUAUGCAUUUAGUUUACAAAAUCGGAAUUGCUUUACAGAAGGAAGUGAUGCAAGGCUGAAUGCAUUUAAAAUCUGUUCUGGGGUUUUUUUUUUUAAUUUUCUUUACAAUGACUGUCUUAUGCUUACAGGGGAUGGGGAACUGAAUCUGGCUGAGACUGAAGUUGAGGUCGUUGUACACUUUGUGCAAAGCUUUGUCAAGGCAUUUAAUGUUGGGUCUGGUGAUCUUCAGGAAGCAGUUUUCACUGAUUUCAGAAGGAGCACAAUUAGGCCAGCUAAGAACACCUGCAAGUGCUGCAGAAAGAUAGAGAAAGAUAAGAUACACAUUUCAGCCUGGGAAAACUUCCAACCUCAGUUGCUAUGCCUUCAAAGCAUUGCAAAAAGUCUAAUUCCUGGAUCCCUUUGGUGAGGUAUGUAAAUGAACCUCUUCUUUUGGAGUAACCUUUCACCACGUGUGUCUUAUGAGGGAGAUGAGGAAAAUUCAUUAGCAUAGCUGACAAGAGCUUUUGUUUUGAGGGCACUUAAAAAUACUCCUGAAGUGCAGUGCUGCACUGAACAUAUAUGUUAUUGGACUGUUGUCAGGAUCAAGAAGACAGCAUACUGUUUAGGGUGACUGCUUUUCACCUUGAUGAUAUACAAUCCCCAAUAUGUUGGAGUGUGGCGUUCCCAUAAACACUGUUAACGGGUAGAAUGUUCUUCUCUUCUUUGAAAUUGUUGGUCUUAACUCACACCUCAACUGUGUGUAGCUUCAAGAAAUGAAGUUUUUUUAUUUAUCCAGGGUGUCAGGCAUUUGUGACUUUCAUUUCAGUAUACUGUGAUUUUUCUUUCCUUCUUUCUUUUUUUUUUUUUUUUCCCCCCUGUUCCCCAGAAGGCAUCCACCAAAGGACAGUUACAGAAUUAUACUUUGGGAGUUGCUUGGUGCUAGACUGGUUUUUAAUAUUUCAAAUGCUGCUGCCUCUCCUUCGGCCUUACUAAGACUCUUUCUAAAAAUGAACUUAGCAUGACAAAGUAGUGCAGCAGUUUGCACUUACUCUCUAAUAAUUUGUUUAGUCAAUAAAGUCAUCCAAAAUCAGAGAAGAUGGCAUCAUGCUAACCCUGUUGUAGUCUUCAGAGCUGAAAUUCCUGGAUAUAUUAGACAUGAGUAAAAUUAUUUCUCUCAGUCGAUGUCAAACUUGUAUGUUGUGUGGAUUCUAGCUCUGAAAUUAAUCAAGCCCUGCUAACGAUGGCUUUAAAAGCUUUCCUUAAUAUCCUGUUAGCAUGACAUUUUGAAAUGUUUUGAACCAGUCUCGAUACUUUUGACCUCACUCAUGCCAUGUAUCUACUUCCCCUACCAAUUCAUAUACAUAAGAUGAACAAAAAUGCUGAUGCAUCCUUUUGUGUACAUUUAUUAUACCUGAUUAAAAAUAAAAAGCAAAUGGUGUGUUAGAUUUUUAACUGCUCUCUCUCCUAUUUUCCCAGGACUUUGCCAGAACCAACUUGAUAUUCUGUAUCUUUUUUCUAAAGUAGUUCUGUCGUUUAGAUGCUGGUUUUUUCUCACAAUGUUCCCAUCUUGUUGCUG